AUGGGAAACAGUAUUAUUAGAAUACUAAUUAGAUAUUUGCGGGAUUGAUGAGGAAAAGAAGUAAGGCUUAUAGUCAGAGUCGAAAGUGAUAACUACGCGUACUGUAAAUUAGAUAACCAUUUAAAUCGUAUAAGCAGAUAUUGUCGAAGAAUUAGUAGAUGUAGUAGGUAAUAUUUGGAAUAAAUGUGUUAGUGAAUUCAUCUCAUGAGCCAGCCUGGUCUUACAUAUCAAAGCGGUAUUUAAUUUAUGGUUAUAUAUUGAUUAGAGAUAAUAAUAAUAAAACAAAUGAUCUCCUAUAACAAAGUAUUAAUGCAGUUCUAUAACAAUAGUGAGAAUUGGAGAGUUAGUGAUAACGAACACAGAAAAUGUGAAUUCCGUCCAAAUCUUUCAUACUCGAUUGCCAUUAUACUAAGUAAUAAUUUAUGUAAAUAGAAGGAUGCAAAGGAUUUGUUGCAAAUAUUUAAUGUUUAUAAAGAAUGCCUAUAACAGAAAGGACAUAAAACCAUUUCAUUUACUGAAUAGAACACUCCGAAUUUCCAGAUACCAAAAUAGUUUCAUGCAGAAGUAUUGAUAAGAGCCAUCCUUUCGUAAGCAUAAUUGAUAAAUUUAGAGCAAUUUAAGAAGGAGAUGUAGAGUUUGAGUUGAUAAAGUUCGUGAGUUUGGAUUAAUUGACUCUGAAAUACUUUGCUUAUGAAUUGAUGAAAUAAUUAGACGAGUUGAAAAUUCCUGAGUUGUUUCAAUUGAGAUAUUAGCAAUUCUUGAACUUUUUAUGUAUGAAAUGAUUAGUUUAUGUUUAUAGAGAAUGGAGAAGAUGCAAAACAAGAGGUGUAUCUUUUGAGUACUGGGAUUACUACAGAAAUGGAAGGAGUUGUGGAAUAGUAAUGA